AUGUGUCAUUUAUUUACAAAUAGUGAGUCACUGUUUGUUUGAUUACUUCCACGUUAUUAUUGAUUACUAUUUUGAUGUUAUUAUUGGUUAUUAUAAUCACUAUAUCGACACUCAAUUGAGUUGUCAUUUAAUUAAUUGAUUUUUUAUUUUAUUGUUUUCUUAAAUCAAAUUAAAUUAAAUCCAAACAAUCUGUGAAUAUAUUAGCAAAAUGUCGACAAACUUUACGGUACGGGAGAGACAAAAAAAUGCCAUGAGAUCCAUAUUGAGUCUCAACUCAAUGGUAACAAAGCAGACGUCAACGGAACCGGUUUGGAAGGUCUUUAUAUACGACCGGUGCGGACAAGACAUCGUUUCGCCGCUAUUUUCUGUAAAAGAGUUACGCGAAUCGGGAAUUACACUUCACAUGCAACUGCAUAGCGAUCGCGACCCGAUUCCCGAUGUUCCGGCCGUUUAUUUUUUGUUACCGACUGAUGAAAAUAUAAUGAGAAUAUGUCAAGACUUUCGGAACCAUUUGUAUGAUCACUAUUACCUUAACUUCAUUAGUCCCAUAUCUCGACAAAAAUUAGAAGAAUUAGCCUCAGCUGCACUUCAGGCCAAUUGUGCUAAUUGUGUGACAAAAGUUUACGACCAAUACUUGAAUUUUAUUUCUCUUGAAGAAGACAUGUUUGUAUUGAAACAACAGGACAAAGAUCUUGUCUCUUAUUAUGCAAUUAAUAGAAGUGAUGUAAAAGAUACUGAUAUGGAGUUUGUUAUCGACAAUAUAGUGGACAGUCUGUUUUCUGUAUUUGUAACUAUUGGUGUCGUUCCCAUUAUACGAUCACCAAAGGGAAAUGCAGCUGAAAUGGUGGCCGAAAAGUUGGACCGAAAGAUUAGAGAAAAUUUAAGAGAUUCACGAAAUAAUUUAUUUACCGGAGGAGAUCUGUUUGGCACUAAUGUUGCCCUCACUUUUCAAAGACCACUACUUGUUAUUCUUGACAGAAAUAUGGAUAUGACUACCCCUUUACAUCACACGUGGACCUACCAGGCUCUGGCACACGAUGUUUUAGACUUGAAGUUAAAUCAGGUUCGGAUUGACGAGUCGGCCGAUCCCAAUGCUAAACAACGCAAAUCUACAGUUAAAACAUAUGACCUCAACCCUAAUGAUAAAUUUUGGGAAACAAAUAAAGGAAAUCCAUUCCCACACGUGGCUGAAGCAGUUCAGGAAGAACUCGAAGCAUAUCGUUCUUCUGAAGAAGAAGUUAAACGAUUAAAAUCAGAGAUGGGUUUGGAUGGAAAUAUAGCCGAUGAAGCCAUUUCAUUAUUAUCAGACAAUACCGCUAAAUUGACAUCAGCUGUCAGUUCAUUGCCUGAACUCUUAGAAAAGAAACGAUUAAUUGAUUUACAUACAACUAUUGCGACCGCCAUAUUGGAUCACAUUAAAAGUCGAAAACUUGAUAUUUAUUUUGAAAUUGAAGAGAAAAUUAUGUCAAAAGCAGUAUUGGAUAAAUCGCCGCUUGAAUUGAUUAUUGAUCCAAAUGCUGGACACAGAUCUGACAAAAUGAGAUUAUUUCUUAUUCAAUAUCUGUGUGGUUUGGGUGCUGUCAGUGAAUCGGAGAUUAACCAGAUUUUAAGUGAACUAUCAGUGAUAGGMUGUGAUCUUAAUCCAUAUCAUUAUAUUAAACGAUGGAAAAAGUUUAGUAAACUUGCCUUAUCUGACAGUCAGUAUGUGUUUCAUACGGGCGGCGGUACCAAAACAGUCAGUAUGUUCUCAAAACUCAUGAGUCAGGGCUCACAGUUUGUAAUGGAAGGCGUAAAGAAUUUGGUGGUUAAAAAGCAUACCCUACCCAUUACCAGAAUAGUAGACGCAUUGAUGGAAAUGAAAUCAGUUCCAGAAGCCGAUGAUUACCGAUAUUUUGAUCCUAAAAUGUUGAAAACCGUCGACAAUAAUAACUCUCGAAAUAAGACACCUUUUCAUGACGCGAUUGUAUUUAUGGUCGGCGGAGGAAAUUAUAUUGAAUACCAAAAUCUCGUCGACUAUUGUAAAAAUAAAUCUAAAUCAGCGCCAAAACGUAUAAUCUAUGGGACGACUGAUCUAAUGAAUGCCAACCAAUUUCUGAGCCAACUGUCCAAAUUAGGCCAAGAAAUUAAUAAUUAG